AUGCAAGGCGGCGGAAGCAUCAUCGAGCUCGCGAGGAAGGCGGCGGCCUUGGCGAGGACCGAGAGAGUGGCGCGGCUGGCGGCCAUGCGUCCGGUGCGGAACUACCGCGGCGUCCAGCAGCGCAAAAACAGGUACUACUCCGUGAUCCGGAACAUCCACACCCGGCGCCUGGUGUGGCUCGGGUCGUACAAGACCCCCGAGGAGGCCGCGUACGCGUGGGACGCCGCCGCGAGGGUGACGCGCGGGCACUGGGCCAAGCCCAACUUCCCCGAGCCGGCCUGGGCGCGUGCGGCGUGCGCUCCGGAGGAGGUGUCCACGGAGCUCGUGCUCGGGCUGCCGACGCCCGCUGCGCCGGCGCGCCGCCGCGAGCCUUCUGCGGCGGUGGCGGCUCAGGUGUCCUUCGACAACUGGCUGCUGUCUGCAUCGGCGGCCGCGGAAGAGCCACAGCGUCAGCAGGGUGCACCGGCGGUGGUGCCCCCACACCAGCAACAAGGCACGGCGCCGGCACUGCCACCGUUCACACAGUUUUUCCACCUUUCAGGUCCCGCCACUGCUGCAGCCGCCACCAAUGGCGGCGCCGCUGUCGUCAAUCCUUCCAAGUCCAACCCGGGCGCCUGUGUUUUGACACCGCAGAACGUGCAGAUGCCGCCCACCAAUCCGGCGAGCACCGUACUAAGCAGCACCGAGCCCAUCGUCCUGGCCUCGCAGUUCCUUCCCGCUGCCGCCCCUACCCACCACCGCGAGCUGCCGGUGUCGCAGGCCGGCGUGUCUGAUCUGGCCGUCGUCGGGGAUAACUUCACCCACGACGGUGCGUCCACGUCUGCUGCACCUCCUCCAGUGCCUCGGCUCACUCCCAAGGAUCUGCUGCUCCAAAUCGGUCUGCCUGGUCGCGGCGGCCCGGGUGGGGCGCAGUAA